AUGGCGCUUUUUAUCGGUAUCCCUUCUACUUCAACGAAGCUGUCAGGUAGUAAGCGUCUCGACUCGGAAAUUACGCAGAAUCAGCUGCAGACCUACAAAGAAAAGAGGAGACAUGUGGCGACAGAGUCAGAAUCUGUGCCAACUUCGUCGCUUCCACAAGUCGGUCCUUGUGUAUCACCACCCUUUGGUUCGGCCCCUCCAUGUUCUCAACCCAUCGAAUCUGGUGGUAUGCCAACGCCACAUGACUCUGCCGUUGCGACUCCUGGAGUCCUUCUACCUGAAAUGCAACGCCUUCGCCAACCGUCGAAUGCAUCUUUUGGAGGCGUUCCGCCGCCGCCUCCUGGACCUGCGCCUGAAACACCACCACCACCACCUCCGCGUCCACCUAUCUCGCCUCUCACCACUCUAGAGUCAGAGUCUAGAAGUUUUCAUUCUAGGCCAGCGUAUACUUCCGAAGAGCAUCCGCUGCACUCAUCGUCCACCACUGCGCCACCACAGGAGCCACAGGAGCCACAGAGACUGGGCCCUGCAUAUGAGAGUCGUGCAAAAGAAGGGAGUAAGCUCGCAGAGAAAGCACAAUUGGCAAGUCAAGGCAUCUUGGAAUGUACGAAGGCACUAGCUAGCGCACAUCGUCACACUCGGGAAUUGCGAGAUGCACAAUACGAGGCGCAUCAAGAAACUCUUAAGACGCUACACAAGGAAAUCGAUGAGGAGAAGCAACGGACCGCCUCAGCAGAAGCGAGAGCAGACGAAGCGGAAGCGAAGAUCGAAGAGUUUCAAAAGCAACUGGACGCACAGUCUAACGAAAAUAUUCAACUGACGUAUCACUUCCAAAAAAAGAUGGAACGGAAGGCGGAGGAAGCCAUCCGCGUUCAAAAUGAUAUGAGGAAUCAACACUGGGGAAGAAUCAAGGAACUGUCGGAGCAGAACGAGACCCAGCCGGCAACGAUUGAGAAGCUGGAACGAGAAAAAGCCGCUUUGCAGGACAGGCUCAACUACGCUUUGAAUGAGCGUGAUCAAUCAUACAAAGAAAUCUUAGCGCUGUGGACCGGAGUUAGAGACAUAGCGUUGGCCGACGGAGUGAAUGUGACAGCGUUGACCGAACCGGUUUCCGAUCGUGUCCAGCACAGUUCCGAACUCGAAGCAGAAGGAAAGAAGCGGAAGGCGGAGAAUGAUACAUGUAUAGAAGAAAAUGUUUCGACGGAUUCGAGGAGAGUUCGUGAGGACUUCCGCUCUGGACAAGCUGAAGCCUAG